GUUUGUGUUUUUAGUCAAAGAGAGAAGUAAAUAUAAACAUUAUGGAUUCCUCUGUAGGAAGAAGAACCAACAUCUUGUUACAGGAAGUCUGCACUGGGACGUCUACUUCCUGUUUCCGAGGCACACCUGUAGGGAGGUGAGACAGGUGAGCUCCUGUCGCAGGUCCAGCGGAGGAAGCAGCUGCUUAGCAGCAAACCAAUUAGCAGUAAGUCGGAGGCUUAGAGCAGCAGCUGAUCUGCUAAUGGGAUCAGAGCCCCUCGGAGGCUUAGAAGGAGCAGGACCAGGUCGCUUACAUUCACACCUUUCUGCUGGAGGAGCUCGCCGUCCAUCACAAUUCCCUGUCAGCAUUUGGUUGUGAUUUCAUGGCAGACCCCUCGGCCCCCCUAACAGUAUGGACCUGCAGCUUGCCAUUAUGGGUCUGAAACCAGGAGUUCUGGCUGAGUUGUGUGCAGCUUCUUUGUGGAUGGGAUUUAAUCUGUGAGGGAUUCCUAAACUGCUCAAGAGAGGAAACUGUUUUCUCUUUGAUACAAAAAAUAUAGCUGAUUUCAGUUGGUUUCAUCGGUCACACUAAAAGGUGAAAUCAUGCCGUUCAUGCCGGUGAAGUUCAACCUGCAGAAAAGGGUGAAGCUGGCCCAGGGUCUGUGGAUGAUCUACUGGCUCUCGGUCAUCGUGGGGAUCAUCCUCUUCAGCCUCGGCAUUUUCUUCAAAAUCGAGUUGCGGAAAAGAAGUGAGAUGAUGGACAACAACGAGAGCCACUUAGUGCCCAACCUCUUGAUCCUGGUGGGCUUGUUGGCCUGUGGGCUCAACGCCUUCGGGGGGAAGGUAUGCCACGACUCUCUGGACCCCAUCAAGUUUGCCAAGUGGAAGCCAAUGCUGAAGCCGUUCCUGCUGCUGUGCUGCGGCUUCAACGCACUGCUGCUGCUGACAGCGCUGCUCUGCUUCCUCAUGCAGUUUGCAGUGUACCUGACGCUGGCUGAGGGCCUAAAGAACAGCAUCAAGUUCUACAAGGACACCGACACGCCGGGGCGCUGCUUCAUGAAGAGGACCUUGGACAUGACACAGAUUGAAUUCCGCUGCUGCGGCAACAACAAUUUCAGGGACUGGUUUGAGGUGCAGUGGAUCAGCAACCGCUACCUGGACAUGAGCAACGACCUGGUGAAGGAUCGAGUGCUGAGUAACGUGGAGGGAAAGUACCUGAUGGAUAGUGUCCCGUUCAGCUGCUGUAACCCCGGCUCCCCCCGGCCCUGCAUCCAGCAUCACCUGACCAAUAACUCCGCCCACUACGACUACGACCACCGUAUUGAGGAACUCAACAUCUGGACGCGGGGCUGCCGCGAGGCUCUCUUCUCCUACUUCAGUAGCAUAAUGAACAGCAUCGGAGUGCUCAUCGUUGCCGCCGUCAUCCUGGAGUCGGUGGACAUGGCCGGGUUGAAGUACCUGACCACAGCUCUGGAGACGAUGGAUGACCCGGAGAACCCGGAGUGUGAGAGCGACGGCUGGCUGCUGGAAAAAGGGGUGAAGGACACGUUUGGAGAUCUGCUCACCAGGCUGAAGACACUCGGAACCAGCAACCAGGUGGUGGAGGGCGGGGACUCACCUACGGCCGCCAACUGAGAAGUCCACCUCCAAACACAAAGGGACUGAGGCCCCCCUCCCCACCACACACCUCUACCUUCCUCUCCUCCACACAGCAGAGAGCAAGAGAGGAAGGAAUUUAUCCCUCUGUACAUACACAAUCAUACAUGUGUUAAGAUACCACACACACUCACUCACAUACACACAUAUUGUGAUAUUUACCAUUGUGUACAUAUGUUGAUCAGAGUUUAUUUUUAAACAGGAGGAACAGAAACCUGCUGCUGUAAAUAUAACUUCUGGGUUGGGGAUUUUAAAAUGAUAUCACAAAUCUAUAUGAAGUACCCCCCCCCCCCUCACCACCCCCACAGACACAUUAAUGCUUCCUGUCUUACAGUAGCAGAGUCUUCUAAGGGGCCCGACCGAUCUAUUCAGGUCUACCAGGGAUAAUAUACCAUUGCAGUUGCUCCUUUAGUCCAGUAGAGGGGGCUGAGCAGACAGAUGAUGUCUGUCUGUCAGUGAACGCAUCAUCAUCAGCUGCUGGGUCUGAUAGCUGGAGAAUCCGUCGGCCUUCACCGGCCCUGGCCGACCUGCGCGGCAGAAAACAAUUUGCCAAAAAUAUUAUUGAAAAGUUAGUGGUGCGCAGUGCUGCUCCCUGCUGGUCAGCGGUGGGGCUGCAACGUGAGCUGUACCAGAACUAAGGAUACAGUACCACCGUUGACCAGCAGGUGGCCGUCACCGAGAUGCUACUCCAUAUUUAAAGGUCUAUACACGGGAGUGAGACACUUGCAACUUCUUCCUUGAAUAUUACUUGAACACAAGUAAUACUUGAAGGGUUUUCGUGUCAAGCGCACAUCAAACCAAAUUGACGUUAAGGAAUGUCCUUCCACAUGCUUCAAAAGGCUUUAACAUGAUUUAUGCAAAAAUGGUCGUCCAGCUCCCUGUCAGGGUGAACACACAGGAGCGUUUUAUACUCUAAAGACCCACAGGUGAGGGAUAAAGUUGUCUGUAUAGUAAUUAAAGGGUCAGUCAACAAAUAAAUUCAGUCUUCAGUUACACAUUGUAAUGUUUGUAUUUCACUGCUUUUUUUGUGAAAUGGAGAGUUGUGUUGUUUUCAGCCAGUUGUUGUGCAUUGGUUGGAGCUUGUAGUCGCUCCGCUGUGUAUGAUCAAACCUAUAAAGGGAUUGUAACUGAC